AUGCCCAACCUGGGUGGACCGUGUGGGAGAACGAGGCGACUUUACGCGAACGUAACGAAUUCGAUCGCGUUGUACGGUGCCCCCAUCUGGUCAGCCGCCCUGAAUGGCAACAAAAAGGCGACCGCGGCGCUGCGUAAAACACAGCGUCGCAUGGCCAUCAGGGCGAUACGGGGGCUGGGGGGUCCCGGUAACGAAGAGGAUGAGGAGGCUCCUCAGCCUCCAGAUAAAGAGGGAGGCAAGGGAGGAAUGGCGGACCUGGCUCGGGGAGCCAAACCGAGCGGGCCAGCGCACGGUCCAGCCAUCCUCCCCUGCCUUGACGAGUGGCUCGACCGCUCAUGGUCACGGGCGUCCUAUAGGACGACGCAGGUACUCACCGGACACGGCUGUUUCGGUGAGUACCUGCAUAGGAUAGGGCGCGAGCAAACUGCGCAUUGCCACCAUUGUGACGGGGAGAGGGACUCGGCGCAGCACACUCUGGAAGUUUGCCCAGCGUGGGCAAACGAGCGCCGAGCCCUCUCCAACAUUAUAGGUGCGGACCUCUCUCUCCCGGCGGUAAUCAAGGCCGCCACGGAGAGGGAGGAAGCUUGGGAGGCGUUCUCCUCCUUCUGCGAGCAUGUCAUGCUGCAGAAGGAGGAGGCCGAACGGAUCCGAAGGGGGGAAGCCGAACCCCGUGGCGGAUCCCAACGAGGCAGAGUAGGCGUGCCUCAAAGGAGAGGGGCACGCCGACUACCGGUCCACCUAAGGGCCUGGUGA